AUGGAAAACAUCAUCAAGAAAAUAGCAUACACAAUAAUAAACACUGAGCUGAGCAGCGAGCUAAAACACUUGGGAAAAAUAAAGAAAAGAAAGCAGGGAAUGAUCAGAAUACAGUGCAAGGUGUGCAAUACUCAAGUAAAUAGCGUUGUCUUCACAAAACAUCUGGAAAGAUGCACAAAGUAA